AUGGAUAUGCUCCCUCGGGGAAGCUUCAGCUUGGCCGAGGCAGCCUUGAGGACUCCGCGCGAACCCGAGUCCAUCGAGAACUUCGGCGAGCCUCAAGCUUCGUUGGAGCAGCUCGACGGAGACAAGACCGCACCCAUGGCACGAUUGGCCGAGAACAGCCUCCUGGACAAGUUCCAGCUCGUCCAGUGGUCCAAGGAUUUCUCUGACACUGACAACCUAGACCCGGCUAUCAAAACCCCGGAGGUUCAAAGCUGCAGCCGAGUAGCCAUCGUCUCGUCUUCUUCGCACGGCUCCCUCGUCGACCCGAGGAUCGUCGGUGACUCCACCGCCAUCAAGACCAAUGCCAUGACACGCACAACGCUGACGUUUGAUGCCGGUUCCACCAGUGACACGAAUGGCGAGUCGAGCAAGCGCCGGAUAUUCUUAGGCAAGAUUUACGUCGACGGGCGUCCGCAAAAUCGUGGAACCCAAGGAGGUCCUGUUUUGGCUGUGCAAAUGCGGAGCUUCUGUAGCUGCAAUCACGGCGUCAUCGAGGUGGUUUGA